GAAAAAUUAUAUGUCUUCUGCAAAUGUGACAUAACAAUUGUGGAAUACUUUUUGGAUUAUUAAUGUCAAAACACAAUAAUGACAAGUUUAUUAGAGCUUGCUAGAAGACUGAGACAAGAGAGAUUGUUCGUUAGAUCUGAACAGGAAGCUAUUUAUCAGCUGAACAAACAGAUCAGACAAAGAUCCGAACAACUGUCCCAUGUUUUCUGGACAACUAGACAACAUCAUCUCAAUUUGAAUCAUUUUAUUACGAACAGUUCGCAUGGCACUCCAGCAAACUGCUCCCAGAGAUCAAGUCAUCUUGAAAAUGUUCGCUUCGUUGAUGGUUACAAAGAACUUGGAUAUCAGGAAUCAAUGUAUGGAAACUUCUUGCAAACAUUUCGAAGCAAUCCAACCCUCACUGCAGCUUGUCUUGCAUACGGAGAGAAACUGUCACUCGAUUCUACGUUACAAGUUGUGCAGACUGUUGUGUUGGGAUUAUAUGGAAAUAGUAUCAUAUCAGGAGACCACAGGCAUUUGUUAGAGUUAAUGGAAACCUUGCUUUUACUUCAACUUGCAAAUGAAGACCAACCAAGAAGAAUACUUCACAAAGGAAAUGCUGCCUUCUGCAUCGUUUACAAACUCUUUACAGAAUCACUGUUGUCCGGAAAGUUAUUCUUAACUGCAGCAUUGCAUAAGCCUAUUAUGCAGGUUCUUAUGGAUGACGAACUCUAUCUCGAGCGGGAUUCAAACAGAAUUUUGGAUUGUUUUAGUCAAGUUGAAAUUGAGAAAAGAUUUGGUAAAAAGGACGACCCCGAGUUUCAGAGUCGAGUAAAGAAACAUUUAGAAGGAACUGAAGGUCACUUGUUCGAGAUUUGUCAAAGUUUCAUCGACAGCUUACAUGCGGCUAUGUAUUGUUUUCCUCAAUCUAUGGGUUGGGUGAUCGCAAGAGCUUAUCAUAUUGUGAAGGAAGCAGGUCUAGUCAGUCAUGCAGAAGCGAGAGCUCUUUGUGCUGAUUUGAUGUUGCAAAUGUUCAUAUGUCCUGCUAUUGUUAAUCCUGAACUGUAUGGUGUAUCGGGUGAUGCUCCUAUCAGUGAUUUCACAAGAUUUAAUUUGAUGCAGAUCGCUCAGGUAUUGCAAGUGUUAGCACUACGAGAUGAAGAUGCUCAACCAGACAAUUCAUUAUAUGGAAGAUUUGAAAAGAAUUGUAUGAGUUCUUUAUUGGACACUGUGAUUAGUACGUGGCACACAGAUGGUCUACCUAUGUCUUCAUCAUCAACAUCUACUCCUGGUCAUGGGUUCACUGAUUCUGCUGUUUUUAUAACUUGUUCUCAACUAGCACAGUUAAUAAAAUUGCUUAGAGAUAUACAGCAUGCCGAUGUGAGAGGAGUGGACCAAUCAUCUUUAGCUGAAGUUUUGUCACAUCUUCCAGAGAACCCUCCACCUGCUCUGGCUCAACUUCUACAGAGAAGAGAGUCUGUACCUGGUGUAUUGCUACAGAAUGAACACUAUUCACCUGAUGGUGAAAAUUUUCUAACGCAUGAUCAAAACCAUCGUGGCAGCACUGGUUCCGGGUCUGGUUCAGGGGGUCAUCCCAGUCCUUUACCAUCCAGAGCUGGCGGCUUUUCCGUUGAUGGAGGAUCGUCACCUAGUACCGCACCCAACUCGUCAAAAAGAAUCUUUUCAAAAAGCAUCAAACCGAAAGGAAAGUCUGGGAAAACGACUGAUUCGCAUUCGAAACGAUCUGAGUUGAAUGGAAGUGGAAAUCAUGCAACAGUAUUGCCAAAAAGUGGUUCUGGCUCUGGAGAUUCACUUUCUGAUGACGCAAAAUCACAGACUGCUAACGAUGGACCAUCCGUUGUCUUAGUAAUAUCACUAGGAAGUUCAAUGGGAUCUGCUCCUGAUCAACCAGGACUUUUAUCAGAAAAUGAGGUUCUUGAAUUACAAGCAUGCAAUGAAAUGCAGAGUGCUGAACUUAACUCUGAAUCAGACGUAGUUGCUGCCGAUGCCGGGAAUCUCAAUGACGCGGAAAGAAUGGAUAAAAGACUUCGAUUUUCACUUUAUUCAACCGAUUUGAGUGAGUUGGGUGAGGGAGAAGCAAUGUCUAGUACAUCUGGUUCAUCUAUUGAAGAUAUGGAUCCUACAGAAAGUGUUCAAGCUGAUGAUACCAGCAGUUUUAGAGGAACAAGCUCGCAUGGUAUCCAGGAUGAAGAUUUUGAGGGUGAAGGGGAUCUUGAAAGUGUUCCUCAUACAAACAACGACGAGGCAUUAAAAGCACUCGAAAGAAAGUUACCUACCUCAAGAGAAAGCAUAGAGGACAAAAUGCGUAAAUUUGAGAUACGAUCUCAGUUGGGUGUAAGAUUUGGUGGUGCAGUUGUGGCAGCACUGGAAUCGGACGAAGCAGAACGCACUGCCAACCUCAACAGCAAUUCCAAUUACUUGGAUACAAGGAGUGAAACAUGGAGCACGGAUGCUUAUGCAUCAGAUUCUGAAACUCCGACAGAACAAGCGGAAUCAGUUAGUCAGUCUGAUCGACGUUUACAAGAGAUUGCUGAAAAUCCAGAUCAAGGACCUGGACAAAUGAGGAGUAGUAAUGCUGGUCCAUACCUGGCACUGCUACCCCGUGAUGAAGAUUCACGAAGUGAUGUUUGGAGUGUUGAGGUUUUACCGAGCGACAGUGAGCCACCGGAUGUCAAACCAGAAGAUAGAUUACAAGAACUUGAAUCUGAAUCAACUGCCGGACCUGAAGACCAAAUUGAUCAAUUAGAAGAUAACAGGUCUCGAGCUAGCACUCCGGGAUUGAGUGCGGCGUCUGGUGUUAGCGGAACUUCUGGAUUAAGUCUUGUUUCUGAUAAUAUCCAAGCUAAAGGUUGGCCCCAAGGUGGGGAGGAACAUGGCUCAAGUUCAGAAAGAAGUUUUGGAAAAACUCCGAGUAGUAUCAGUCCGGAUGCUGAUGAUAUGAUAUCAAGUCACAGAGCAACAAAUUCUGGAGGCAACAGCAGCAGAGUGAGUGCUGCAGGAAGUAGUAACAGUAGUGGAAGUGGUGAAGGUGGAGCACAGGGUAAUAGGCCACAAACUGCUCCAACAUCAUUUUCAAUGCAUAAUUUAUUGAUGGAAAGCCAAGUACAAUCAGUUAGUAUGGGCGGACAAGACAUGCCUGAUUCAGCCAAAAACAAAAAUGAAGGAGUAAACGGACUUAUGAAAAGAAGUAAAUCCGCCUCGCCUGCAUAUCUAGGAAGAGUCGGUGGUCUCGGAAAGAAGCAACCGACAAGCCCUGUGUCGAUGCCGAGCGGAGCUAACCAUCUGAACUGGCCUGAAAAACCAUCAAGAUAUAAUAAACACAAUGAGAAUAGUAAAAUUGAUAACGAUAAAUACCUUGAUCGUAAUGUACUUAGCGAUGUUGCAAGUUCACCUUUGACAGGGACAAUCCCAGAAGCGGCCUCUACUCCCGAUAAUUCAGCCGCUAUGACUCAUGAUGUAGUAUUAGAAUCUACAGAUACAAACACUAUCAAACGAAGUCCAUAUAAACAUAACGAUGCGUUUUCUACGGACAGAGCUUCCGCUUUCAAUUCUGUACCAUCUUCCCUCGCACGAGACAUUUCAGCAGACGCACAGAAUCUUGAAACUUCAUCUGCAGGUUUAAAGUCUCACGACCUUAGUUAUUAUAAUAUAUCUGAUCCGACAAGACUUACAAAAGAUUCUUCCGAAACUUCAGCGCCGUAUGUUAACCAUGCCGAAUCAAAUGGAACUAUACCAGGAUCUCAAGCUAAUUCUACAAUAACUAUGAGUACAUUUGUCCCGAUUACAUCGACUGGCACAUUUUCUCCUAGUCCUCCGUUCCCAUAUGCUGAUGUUUCAUCAUUUGAUCCAUUGGCAUCAUCAAGACCAACUUUAUCAGACAAUCAAGCUUCUGCAGCAAUCAAGACAAAACCAGUUUCAACCGGAAAUAAUCUUCUUAAUAUGAACUCUAUGUCAGCUGCAUUGGUCGACUUAUCUAUGCCUGGGGAUCAAUCAGCAGCCAAUCGAGGUGUGGAUCAACAGUCUCAGAUUCCUAGUCCUGUUCUGACACCAGGUCCCGGAGCUCGACCGAAAAACGGUCCUUUAACAAAACAUGGCAGUAUUGACCUUGAUAAUUUGGCUGGUAGAGGAAAGAAACAACCUUGGUGGAAGAGUCCCAAACUACCUGUGCUGUCAACCAAAAGGAAAGCUCCAAAGCUUCCACCAUUGCAGAGUUCAAAAGAAGAAUCUUCUGUCUCAGGAAACGGGGAUGCCACCGAUGGUUAUUUGAAAACAUCAUCUGAUAUUCAUUUAUUAAAUGGUUCAGAUCAAGGUGCCGAUUUGCCAACACCUUUGGAACCCAAGUCUACGUCCUCUCCUUCAUCUAAUGCUUUGGAUACAUUAGGUGAAGACAUAAUGGAGAAAUACAUGAGAAAGGCGGCAUCGAACCAAUCUUCACCUCGGCCAUCUAGGGCAGGUGGAUCGGCCACAGAUGUUCCCGUACCGUCAGGUGCCUCUGCAUUGAAUCGAAACAGCAUAGCGGGUUCUAGUCCUGGACAUGACCACACCAAAUCUUCUUUAGAUGAUACAAACGAUAAGACAUUAGACUCGCAAAAUCCGAAUAGUUCAUCAACGACUGACCCUCAAUCAACUCCAAGUAAUAUAUCUAGUACAGCCAGCGAUAGAACUGUGACGACAAUGACGCAAGGAACGUCACCGAAUUUGUCUCCCCCUACUCCUGGCAAACCUGCCAAAGCGAUUCCGUCUACUUGUCCUGCCAUGAAAAACGAAUAUAAACCUGAUCCAGAACAAUUAAUUAUGGAUACGCAGCGUAAAUUAAGACUCAUGUUAGCGACGAGCGAAUCUUUGCCAGAAUCGACACGGUUUCCUGGAAUAUUGUCAAGUAUUGGUAUCGAAGCAUUAGCCGGUUAUCAUUUAUCUUCACGACCUAUUCAACAGGAUGAGGGGGAUCGUUCACAAGGAAAUAGAAAUAAUUCAAGAAAAGAAAUCCUGUCAUUCCUAAGAUUACAAUUAGCAGAAGCUGUAAGUUUGCAAGAUCACUCAAGAAUCGCUCAAAUUCAUGAAACUACAAGAUGCAUACAUGUACUUGAUAGCAAAGGAUGUAAGACACUGUUACAGAAUCUAUGGAGAGAAUACAAACAGAGAUCUGCCUAUGUUGCUUAUUUAGUGAGAACAAAACAAGCUUUGUUGACAACGUCGUCUUAUCUUCAACAUAUGUUUCGAUGUACAGAACGUGAUCAAGAGACAUGCAGGCGUUAUUUAACAUCAAGAUUUGUCAGUCUGUUUUUGAAACGAAUGGAUACGCAAUUACGUGUUUUUCGAACCCGUUUUACAAGCGCUACAGCUGCUGAUGAGAAAGUUGCUCUUGUCAGGGAAUUUUUAAGUUUCUUGUAUGGAGAAAUGUCUAAAGACAAAGUAUGGGCAGGAGCAAGUGAGGAACAACUUAUUGAAGCAGAGAGAGCUAUUGAAAGAUCAGUUUUCAUUUACAUUUAUAAAAUUGCUAUUUAUCCAAAUGGUGAAGGUGAUGUCAUGAGAGACGAGGUCUAUCAAGGACACAUAUCACAUCUAGCAGCUGUGGUUACACCUCACCAUCCGGCAUUACAAAUACCUAAAAAAUAUUUGAACGAAUGUCCUUGGAUGUCAGCUCAGGCAGAAACGAAAUCUAUCAACGCAUAUAAAACUCCAAGGGACAAACUUGCUGCCGUACUUCGAUGCUGCAACACCAUCAUGAAUUUAUUGAAAAUGGCAGAUGAAGGGACGGUUCCUGGAGCUGAUGAUUUUACUCCAGUUCUUGUGUAUGUUUUAAUUAUGGCAAAUCCACCCCACCUUCUUUCCACCGUACAGUAUAUAACAAGUUUUAUUGGAGAUGAACUAACUGGAGAAGAUUCUUACUGGUGGAUGCAAUUCACGGCAGCUACUGAAUUUAUUAAAACUAUCGAUGAAAGAAAGUGAUUUCAUUAGAAAAGUAGACACAGUUUUUCAAUUUAUUCGUGUGAAACGGAUUAACUUUGCCCACUUUUUGCAACUCCACACAUAUAACUUUCAAUUUUUCUGAUAAGAUGAAUGAUGUUUAUAUGAACAGGGUUGGUCUUAACUAGGU